AUGAAUCCUUGCGUGGUCUGUGGAAAGGGGACAACCGCUUUUAAUUAUGGAGCUAAUUUUUGUAAUGCCUGCAAGAUAUUCUACCAAAGAGCUAUGAAGGCUGAAAACUUUCCGACCGAAUGUUUAAAUGAAGGAAACUGUUUGAAAUGUCGUUUUUGUCGCUACCAACUAUGCCUUCAAGCUGGCUUACAUCCCCCUACUCGAAAAUCACCUAGUCCAGGAUUUUCAUCAAUGUUAAAACAUUUAGAAAUCCUGGACAAUCAAAGAAAAGAGAAGGUGUUGAGUUAUUCUCAAGUUCCCAAUUUGAACUUCAACUUCUGGGCCGAGGCAACCUAUCAAACUACUGUAGAAUUCAUUAGUGGCCUUGAGGUUUCCAAACUGCUCAACGACACUGAGCAAAUGGUCCUGGUUUGGCAAUCGGUCAGAAAAUAUAACACGCUUUGUUUUGCUAUGAGGGCCUACACUGAUCAAAAAGAUAUGGUUGCAUUUCCCAAAGGAGUUAAUCCACUGCCACCAGAAUUGAAUCUAUAUUUUCAAAACUUCCCAUGUGUCUUGAACAAAAUCCGGUCAAAUGUGGUGGCGAAACUACGAGAAAUAUUGAUCACCAAUGACGAGUUUCUGCUGAUCAGCGCGAUUUUGAUAUGCGAUCCUGUGCCAUCCAUGUUCACGGAAAGUGGUCUGAGCCAUGUUUAUUGGUACCAGAGACUCUACACGUCCACACUAUUUCAAUAUUGCCAAACUCAUUAUCCGGAAAAUGGUCCAUCCAGAUUUUCGGACUUGUUAUCGGUUAUCGGUGUGGUCAUUCAGACAAUCGAGAUGUAUGAAAAUGCGAUGGUUCAUGCGAAACUUGGAGCACAUCUUUUGAAUCCGUCUCACUAA